GUACGAAAAACAGCAGCAGUUUUCCUUUCCUCAGGGUCAUUCACUACUUCCUAGAGCUAAACUCAAUGAAAAAUAUUCCAGAAAAAAUCAAAUAAAUGCAGAUAAUCUUAAGGAAAAGAAAGGCUGCAAAUUACUACUAAAGUUCUGAAGAAAAAAGCAUGGAUUUCUCUACACAUGUAGUUCUGAUAUCAACAGUUUUGCAAGGAUUCCUUUGUGAAGAGUGGUCUGCAUGGUAUCCACGUUCAGUGACAGCCCUGAGGGGUCACUGUGUUGUGAUUCCUUGUACAUUUACUUAUCCAGGAAGACGUAGAGGAGAUAAUGAAUUUGAUAUUGCAUGGUACUACUACAGAAAAGCUGGAUAUCCAACUGUAUACCACAGGAAUCAUCCAAAAAAUGUGAUUGACUAUUUUAAAGGCCGUACAUACCCAUAUGGAAACCCUGGGGAAAAGGAGUGCUCCUUGGUGAUAGAUGGAAUCAAAGAAGAGGAUGAGAUGGAUUAUUAUGUCUGGAUAGACCCAGGGACUGUUAAGUAUAAUUUUUAUGAAAGGACUGUAAAUGUUAAACUAACAGAUAAUUUUCCUGACCCAUACAUAGAGAAUUUCCCUGAAUUUAUUGAAGGAACACCAGUGAACAUUAAAUGCACCAUUGUACACACCUGUCCUUUUCAUUCACCUCGGCUGAGAUGGACCAUUAGUGGUAAUGUCCAAGAGGGGAAUACAAAAUAUACAGAAAACAGUUGGAAGUAUUCUUCAGUGCUUCGAUUUACUCCUUCAUCUGCACAACAUGGUCAACAUUUGCAAUGCCACUGUGACUCCCCAAGAACAAGGGCAUCUAAUUAUAAAACAAUAUAUGUAAAGCAGAAGCCUGUUAUUUUAUCUAACUCCAUCUGUAAUUUCCAGCAAGCAUAUGUCAGCUGUACAUGUAUGGCCAGAGGCUAUCCUUUACCUACAGCUGUUUGGACAGUUGGAGAUCAGACUAUCAGUAGCUCUAAUGGUGUCUUCACCGUGUCUUCUUCAAGCUCAGAUAUGAGCUCUACAAGCACUCUAAAUGGAAAAUUGGAGUCUGAAAAGAAAAUUAUCUGUACUAUGAAAAACUCAUACAUGAGCACAUCAUCAACACUUCACAAUCCUGGAACUUAUAAGCCAAUUAUUUCAGAAGAUUCCAGCUGUAGUUUUACCCAAGCGAGUGUAUCUUGCCAAUGUAUGGCAAUAGCUAACCCUAUGCCUACGUCUUAUUGGAUGGUUGUAGAUAAGAAAAUUACACAAAGUGGUCAAGGCUUCAGUGUGUCUUCUACAACAUCAUGGAAUAAAUACACGACUAUUCUGACAGGACAACUGGACACUGAAGUGACUAUUACCUGUGUAAUGACUAACUCACAUGGGACUAGAUCUUCACAGAUUGUCACUCCUGCAACUUACAAACCAGUUAUUUCACUAGACUCCAGCUGUAACUUAACACAAUAUAAUGUAUCUUGCCAAUGCGCAGCUACAGCCAACCCUUUGCCUACGGCUGUUUGGAUGGUCGGAGAUCAGAAGAUUACAGAAAGUGGCAAAGGCUUCAGUGUGUCCACUUCAAGAUCAUGGAAAAAAUACAUGACUAGUCUGACAGGACAAUUGGAAUUUGAAGUGAAUAUCACUUGUGUCAUGAACAACAGACAUGGAAGUAGUUCAUUACAGCUCAUCAGUCCUGCAACAUAUAUAUCUGCUAUCUUACCUGAAUCAAACUGUACCUUCUUUGAAGGAAAUGUGACCUGCAAAUGUUUGGUCAGUGCAUAUCCUUUGCCUGCAGCCAUUUGGACAGUUGGAGAUCAGAACAUUGCAAGGACUGAUCAAGACUUCAGUGUUUCAUCUGUCAUCUCAUGGAAAAAAUAUGCAAGUAUUUUAAUGGGAAAAAUGGAUUUUGAUGUGAACAUUACCUGCAUCAUGUCAAACACGGGAGGAAACAGUUCAUUACAGCUCUACAGUGCCUCUACUUUUGAGCCGACUAUUUUACCCGAGUCCAACUGUACCUACAAUGAAACAAAUGUCAUCUGCCAGUGCGUGGCCAAUGCCAACCCUUUGCCUAAAGCUGAUUGGAUAGUUGGAGGUCAGAACAUUACAAACCAUGGCCAAGUCUUCAGUGUGUCUUCUGUCAUCUCAUGGCAAAGAUUUACAAGUAUUCUGGAGGGAAAAAUGGACUCUGAAGUCAGUAUUGCAUGUGUCAUGACUAACAUACACGGGAGUACAGAAUUACAGCUCUACACUGUUGAAAUUAUACGGAGACAUCUUCAACUCCAGCCUAUAAAUAUGCAGCAAAUGAAGAAAAGAUGGACUCAGAUAUGGUAUAUGAGAACACUGAAAGCAAAGAAUCAGAAACCAAAAGGAAAAUUCCUAAAAAAGUCUCAAAUCUUUAUGAGGAAAAGAAACUGGACUAUCUGUAUGAAGAAGCCUCAGACAUUUACCAGAAUGAUUCAUUUUAUCCACAGACAGAGCCAUGUGAUGUGUAUGAAAGUAAUAUGGAUUUUUACAAAGAACAGGAAGAUUUGUAUGCAAAUUAUGAGUGACAUAGUCUAUGAUAGUAUCACCUUAAGAGUUCUUAGGAAUAUAUAUUUCAAUGAUUAUCAUUCAACAGCAUUUAUAUUCUUAGAUCUAUCACCAGUCAGUGAGUAUGUGAGUAUGUACAGAU